AUGUCUGGUUUCGAAGUCCUCGGCGUCGUACUCGGAACAUUGCCACUAGUUAUCUCAGCUUUGGAGCAUUAUCAAGAAGGGCUACACACGAUCCGGCGAUGGCGGUCUUUCGAGGCUGAACUCCAGAGCCUGAAGCGUAAACUGGGAAAUGAGAACGCAAUUUUCAUCAACACGUGUCAACAGCUGCUUAGCGGGGUAGUCGGCAGCGUUGCGCAUGAGAAGCUCGUCGACGAGCCAUUUGGAGAACUUUGGAGCAAUCCAGAGAUGAGGGAUGAGAUCGCCCUACGGCUAGAUCAUGUAUACGAGCCCUUUCAAGCUACAGUGGUAGCUAUGAACGUAGCACUUGGUGAAAUCAAGGCCAAGCUUGGUCUAGACGAACAUGGAAAAGUGAGAUGGACAGAAGGCACAGCAAUUGCCAGGGAGAUUAAGCGGGCAACUUUCACCAUUAAACGAUCUCAGUUCGAUGAUCUGCUCGCAGGCAUUUCGAAGUACAAUCAAGACCUUAAGACAAUGACCAACCAAAGCAUCCAGCUUGAACCGGAAAGACGUGUAAAAUAUCACGGAAGACUCUUCAGCCAGCUGAAAGAAGUUUCACUUAGCGUUUACAGGGCAAUGCGCAAUAGCCUUAUGUGCAAUUGCCCAGGAUCACAUCGAUUGAGCUUACGAGUGGCUAAGCCUAAGCUGAUGCCUCGAGAUGAAGAGCUACAGAUACUGCUUAACUCGAAUUUCCAAUGCGCGGUCUCGUAUCGAAUAGAGAUGCAGGGUGCUCCUCUUAAUGAUGACGUGUGGGCUUGGAUGGUACUGCGGUCAUACGAAGAACCACGAGUACUACGAGAACAAUCUGAACUGUUAUCUCCCGAAUCGCCCUGUCACCAAAAAAUCUCAGUCUCUCCUAACGUCGCUGCGCCGUUACCUAUAAAUUUGACUAGACUGGGAAAGAAACUGCAGAGCGUCAGGUUCUCGGAAGAAACCAUACGCAGCUCAGAAAUAAAGUUACCACUCUACUCUAUCAAAUCUGUCCCAAAUGGGUCCCACUCGACGACGACCAUCUACUCGGCGCCCGAAAUAGGACCGACAGUAGCACCCGGGUCAAAGAAGCACCUCGAGGAUCCAUUAGACCUCUGCAGACUCGUUCGAAAAGGCAAGCAAGGACAGAAAUCAGAUUGCUUUGGCUUGGUCUCAAACCGCACCUCGCAACGAUAUCCAAAGUUCGGUGUUUAUCCACAGUCUGAGAACAAAGAAAGCACAUCAAUGAUAUCUCUCAGAGCAGUGCUGGAGGACGGCGAAUGCAACCUCCCUGGAAUAUCUUAUGCAGACGGGCUUAAACUUGCAGUCGACAUCUCUUCUGGUGUGCUUCAACUCCUCAAAACAUCUUGGCUUCCAGAAAGUAUAACCAGCCGAGAUAUAAUGUUCCCUAUGGUGGAUGGUUGUCCACUAUACAGACAGCCAUUUGUCACGAGGACGGUAUCUAGCACAGACAUAGACCAACAGUGUCCGGUGACAGGCGGCCAAGCGCUUCAUCUGCAAAUUCUCAAAAGAGCCAUGUUCUCCCUGGGUAUCUUACUGUUGGAGAUUCUCUUUUCUGAGACACUUGACCACGUCUGGGAUUCUGUUGGUCGCUUUACAAACCGGAAAGCUGCGACAGAGCUGCUUUCUCAAGUCCAAACCUUGGGCUCGCCAAAGUUUUACAGUGCUUGUCGUCGUUUUCUGUUCUGUGAGUUCACAUGUUUGGACUUGACAUCGAGCGAUGAAGCAUUUUGUAAAGAGGUCUAUGGGAAAACCAUAGCUUUGAUGGAGGAAGAUUUUCAGUCAUCCCAGUCUCUAUGGUGA